AUGGUCGGAUACGCGCCAUUAGAUGCGAGUAUUUUCGGCUUCACGGGUCUUUUACAGCGUAAAGAACACAUUGCUGUCCGGUUCAUUAAGUCCAUCAGCUCGUCGCUAUCGCAACACCCCAGUGUCGCCACCCGCAUUCUCGAAGCCUACGGGAUUACCGAGGCGGCCAGCGACGACGACGCUUUUAUUAAGAUUCUACAAUUUGCAUCUGAUGUUAGUUUCCGCGCCCCAGCAGAGUCAUUUGCAAAAGGCUUCCACGGCGACUCCUAUUUGUUAGAACUUGCCGAGGGCAACCCGUGGGAUGGCCCUUUCAAAGGCCAUAGUACCCAUGUUUUGGACGUCGCACUCCUUUUCCAAAAUUAUAACGAGCAUCUUGAUGAAAAACAGAGACAAAUUGCCGAAUCGUUUGCCGUUGAUGUGAUCAACUUUGUUCAUGGCCAAGCUCCAUGGAAGCGGUUUCAGGAUGGCGCUGGGCGGAUGGUUUAUGAAAAUGGGACGAGAAUGUACAAGCAAGCUGGGGUGAACUCGGAAAAGUACGAAUCUCUUCUUGAGUUAGGCGAAGAGAUUGGGUUGGAUGCUUUACUUAAGGUGUGGCAGAAUUUUCUGUUCCCUCAGUAA